AUGACACGAGCGAAAGCCGAGCAAAUCUUUCAGAAGGUUGAUGGCGACCGCGAUGGGAAGUUGUCGUUCGGCGAGUUCGUGAAGUGCUGCAAAGAGUUCAUGGGCAUUGAACUUCUGGAAGCAAAGAAGGAAGAGCCGCCAGCUCCACCAGCACCAGCUGCGCCCGUCGCAGAGAAGGCUGAGCAGCAGCUCGAACAAACCAUCCAGCCGCCAAAAGUUGUCGAGGAAGUCCACGAACCGGUCAAGGAAGCCAUCGUGCCAAGGAAGAAGGCAGCAGAUAACGCGCCCCGAAAGACAGCCACCACGGAGGGCGCAAUCGUGUCCCGGCGCAGGGCCGGUAGCCUGCCAAACCUGCUGACCAGGCGCUCAACGGGCGGCAAAGCUGCCACAGUUAGCUCUGGCAGCAGCGUGCAGGAGCCAUCCAUCCCGGGUGCUCACAAGUCCCGCAUGUCACCACCGCUGCCAACGCCAGGACCAGGGGCAUACAACAACACCGUGUCCGAGAAGGUACCCGGUGGAAGCUACUUUGGAACCGGCCACAUCACAGUUGGAAUUGACAACAACGACACAGCAGUGGGAUUUGCACAGGAGAAGACGUCCUUCAUCAAGUACGACCUGAACCGAAACGGCACACUUGAUUUCCAGGAGCUGUGCAAGUUGCUGCGUCGCGGAGAUCCAAAUUUAACCGAUAUGGAGGUGCAAGCCUUGUUUGAUGCCCUGGACAAAGACAAGGAUGGAAACGUGGGGUUCAACGAGCUCUCGGAGUACUUGCAUCCGCCUGGCUCGACCUUUGAGCACUCCACCUGGCGAAAGAAGCUGCGCACAGCCUUCAACCUUUCCUGCCCUGGCCCGGCGGACUACGUGGGCAACGACAAGGCCCUGGCUGGAAAGCGCAACUUCCCGCGAGCAGUGAUUCCAACUCAAAGGAGACUGACCGACCACGGCGUGAACAGCCUCUCUCCCGGCCCUGCCGCCUAUUCGGGGAAUCACACCGCUAGCGCCUUCCACAAGAACGCGUAUUCGGCAACUUUUGGCAGUGCCCCGAAGGGCAUGGACUCGAGAUCCGAGUCGCCUGGCCCUGCGUCGUACGAAAAAAACUUCUCAGUUCUUGCCCAUCAGAAGCAGGGCCCACGAGCCACGAUCGGCGCUGCUAGGCGGGCCCUGUGCUAUGAGGGCAAUUUGGAGCCAUCACCAGGUCCCGCCACCUACUGCACGCACGUCAAGCACAAGGUGAAGGGAGGGAACUACUUUGGUGUUCCGGGACGAAUGUCAUUGCCGGACCUCUCCUACGAAAAGAGGCAGUUUGCAAGCUGCGACACGAACAAGGAUGGCGCCUUGGGCGUGGACGAGGUCUACAGUCUUCUUUGCAAAGCAGAUCCGGGGAUCUCAGCCGCGGAAGCGAAGCAGAUCUUCGACUCCUGCGAUCGUGACGGCGAUGGCAAGAUUAACUUCGAGGAGUUGAGGGACUACCUCCACCCCGUGAGUGCCAACGAAAACACGACCUACAGAAAAGUGAUGAGAGAUGGCUUCUCCAUAAAGUCCCCUGGCCCACUGGACUACGACACCAUUGCGCCGCGCACGGCAAAGAUCCGAGGUGGUUCUAUUGGCAGGGCUCGUCGCUGA